AUGGGCGCCGGAGGACUGGUGGUGGAGGUGUGGAAAGAGUGGGGGAUCCAGAUACUGGUCGUCCUCAGCUUCGUGCUGCAGCUGGUGCUCCUGGUGUUCGCCGGGGUCCGUCGGCGCAAGUCCUCCGCCGCGCUGAUGAUCCUCCUCUGGCUGGCGUACCUGAUGGCGGACAACGUGGCGGUGUACGCGCUCGGCCACAUAUCCCUGGACAACCGGCCGCACGAGGACGGGCUGGUGGCCUUCUGGGCGCCCUUCUUCCUGCUGCACCUGGGCGGCCAGGACACCAUCACCGCCUACUCCCUGGAGGACAACCAGCUGUGGCGGCGCCACCUGCUGACCCUCCUGGUGCAGGCGUCGGGCACCGGCUACGCUCUCUACCGCUACAUCCCUGGCACCCCGACGCUGGUCGCGGCCACCGUACUCAUCUUCGUCGUCGGGUUCCUCAAGUACGGCGAGCGGGUGUGGGCGCUGGAGCGCGCCAACAUCGAGACCCUCGACCCGCUCCACCACGUCCUGCAGGGCACCGACGCCAGGCUGUACAGCAGGGGGGUGUCCGUGGACGCCGAGGAGGAGCUCCUGCUCGACGCCCACUACAUGUUUGGCUUCUGCAAGAGCGCCUUCCUCAACAUCGACCAGGGGUCCCGCUUCAGGAACGCCAACUUCGCGGUGGGCAGCCUCAUGCGCAGCAGGCUGUUCAACCGCGGCAUGUACAUGUACGACCUGGUGGAGGCGGAGCUCUCCAUCAUGUACGACCUGCUCUACACCAAGGCGCCCGUGAUCCACACCUGGCAGGGCUGCUCCGUCCGCGCCGUCGCGCCGGUCGCCACCGUGGCCGCCUUCUUCCUCUUCCACCUCGACGUCAAGGCCUCCUACGGCAGAGUCGACGUUGCCAUCACCUACCUCCUGUUGGUCGGCGCCGUCGCCCUGGAGAUCACGUCGGUGCUGAGGGCGCUGGGAUCCACGUGGACCUGCGCCUACCUGGACUCGUGGGAGUUCGACGAGACCAAUGUUGUGAUCAUGCGCCUCCGCCGGCUUGUCAACGCCGGAAGCAAAAGGCGGAGGUGGCUGCACUCCGUCGGGCAGCACAACGUGUUGGACUACUGCUGCCGUGAUCCGACCGAGCUCAGAGGCAGAGUCAUGGAGGCGGUGAGGCUCGGGGGUUGGUGGAAGAAACUGCAUUUCUCAAGGACCAUUCCGAUUUCAGACGAGUUCAAGGAGUUGGUGAUAGUGCACAUAGCGCAGAAGAUGCGCUUCUCUGAGAGAUGGGACUUGAUGGAGGCCCGAGGCAGCUCCGUGCUUGCCGACGCCGGGAUGAUGGAGGAUGUGGGCUGGAGCGUCGGAGGCAGGGAUUUCGCCGAGUGCAUCUUCUUCUGGCACAUCGCGAGCGACAUUUACCUCCGCUGCCACAACCACAACAGGAAGGAGCACACUCGAGAAGACCAUGAGCUAGCGGAGGCCAUCAAGGUGCUAUCCAACUACAUGGGGUUCCUGCUCCUGGUGCGCCCCGGCCUGCUGCCCGGCGGCGUUCGGCGCAACUUCCUCUCCGACAGCAGCGCCGUUUUCGAGAAAAUGUGGAGGUUUACAAAGCGUGUCUGGACAAAAGAUGAGGUGUUUCUGGACCUGAACCUGACGACCGAGGAGUUCUGCCGGUUGAUGCUUAAGAAGCAUGGCGACGGCCACGACAAGGGUGACACGGCGGCUCCCCGGACUCCGCUCAGCGGCGUACGUCUCGCCAGUAAGCUGCUCCGGAAUGAGUGGAAGUUGCCCAACAUGCUGCAGGUCAUCUUCGGGGUGUGGAUGGAGUUCCUGUGCUACGCAGCCCACCACAGCACCGAAAUCUCCCACUGCAGGCAGCUCGGCAGUGGCGGCGACUUCCUCACUGUCACCCGCCUCUUGCUGGAUCACUACAGGUUGUUUAACACCAUCGAAGGCUUGGAUUAA